AAGCUUAACAAAUUCGUCAGCAAGUUAGCCCAUUUAGCAGCGUGUUUACUGUGUUUUGACUCUAAAUAUGAGGUUGUAAAUACACGAAAGCCUUAAAAUGGAAACUUUAUUCUCAUUCGAGCUAUUGGUGGAUACGAUUCAGAUGGAUAUAGAAACAAAAGUGUCGGAGGAGCUAGCUGUAGCGUUGCGUCUGCUGGACUUUCCCACGCUUAUUAUUUAUCAACCAGAACACAAGGACGUGAUUGAAAAAAAAGGUGAAUAUACUUUUAAUAGAGGCAAGGCGUGUUUCUUUAAAAUGAACAUGGACACGCUGCAUAUGCAUUUGACAAGCACGCCUCUUUACGCAAUGGUUUUAGAUGUAAAAGAAGAAAUACCUAAGUUUAUUGGCAGCUCGCAUAUUUCUCUCUCCAAAAUCAUGAACAAAAUAAAACAAGAUGUAUCUGAACGAAGUAUUUCUACUCCUUCUUCCCAUGGACAAAGAGGAACUGUUGGAAUAUCUAACCUCAAGGGAGAGAAAGUUGGAACAAUUUUCCUCAGUUAUAAACUUCUGAGCCUGGGAAGUAGCUUAAUGCCACAUGUAAAUGAUAAAGUGGCCUCUACAAACAUGGACACAUGCUUGAAAGACAAAAUCAACAAAGUAGAAGUUGAUGAAUUGCAUGUAAACUCUGAAAAUCUGCAGGAAUCAGAUCAGGGUGAAGGCUGUAAGCUUUCCAAUAAUGAGGAAUCCAUUAUACAGGACACAGUUCCCCCAGAAUACCAAGAAACAGACAGUUAUGGGGAAGACUACAUGUCAGUAUUUUGCCCACCUCACCUUUAUUAUAAUAAUACAGCCAGUGAAAGAAAAAAAUAUGAAGAGGAGAGCCGUAAACUACUGCAAUCAAACCUAAAUCCUAUUAAAUUUGGAGAUACAGAGGAUGAGAUUGCUGAAACUGUGCACUUAAAGGAACAGAUGCCUAACGCUGCAAAUUCUAGCCAAGAAAAACAGCAACUUUCCACUGGUGAUGUGACCCCAAAUGUCAUUGGUCAGGCCUUACGACAGAUGCCUCUGCUCAAUGCUCUCCUUGUUGAACUUUCACAACUAAAUGCUCCCAAUGUCAAUCAACCUCUGACCGUUCACCCUAACCUGUCUUGGAUAUACAGACCCCCUUCCACAGAGUCUGCAACUGCUGAAAGAAACAGACCUAGAAAAUCACAAAAGGAAUCAAAAAGUAAUCAAGUUGCAAGUCCCAAAUCAAAAGAUUUAUACUCCCCGAGACACUGUUCCACGCCAAUACAAGGACAGAGGAAAAGUACUCCAAGAAAGAAGCUUAUAUAUGGGACAACAAAAUCAUUUGAUUUAAGGCUUAAGCUAAACUGUCCUGUUCUGAAACAAAGAGAAUGCAUGAACUUAUUUCAGGGGAAGACACAAAAUAAUACAAGCAAAGAGACACCGAAAAGUGUUAAAAAAUUCACAACUUUGGAAAAAAGGAGGUCUACACCAAGUUCAAAAUUGACUGAUAAUAUAGAGACAAUGAUGCAAAACAUUACAGUGAACUCAACAUCACGAGAAUCCAUUGUGGAGAAACAGAGAAAUAUGGAUGCUGCUGCUGCUGCUAAAUCUAUUGGGACACCACAUGGCGACACAAGCAUUUCUGGAAAAAAUCUGCUGAUUGAAAGUCCCUCGAGGCUAAUACACAUCCCUGCUAAUGUUGAGAGCGACAACAGCGCGAAAAUAAAUCAAUCAAGUCCUGACAACCACACAGGGAAAUGUUCAGGAAGUGGGAGCGGUCGUAGCAGCACAGAUUCUUCCCUUUCAGAUCGCAGCAUGGUAGAGGAGGACUACGCUGAUGACUUUAACAGCUUUGAAACAAGUGAUGUCUUAUCUCCAGACCCCCCAAGUCCUAGUCCAGAACUCCGAAGACAAAAGACAACAAAGACUCCUUCAGAUUUGGGUACAUCUUCAAACUCUAGCCCAGAAAUGAUCAAAAAGAAUCGUCGACCUGUGAUUCCAGUACCAAUUAAAGCAUCAAGAUCUCCACAGAGAGCACUUAGAGCAACUUAUACAAUUCAACGCCCAACUUUCGGGGUCAGUUUUUCUUCAGAAGAUGGAGACACAGGCAGGGCACCCUCAAAACUGUCUUCUUAUUUGGGGACAGAAGUUGGAGGCAGUGGCAGAGAGGAGGAGAGGAGCUCUGGAGAUAGCUUGAGAUCUACGGGAGAUCGUUGGAGUGAAUCAAAAAGUAGACAAAGUAUAAAACGGUUUUCAGAUGAGUCGUCAUUUGAACAGAAAACAGAGGAAGGAACAGAGGAUGAACUUGGGACUCUGGAUUUCAAAAAGGGCUGCAAGCAUAUUUCUGAGUUGGUAGCACAAAAACUACCAGGAUACACUAUGUAAAAUGAAAAUGCAAUGUAAGGUUAAUUGAAAAGAAAAUUGCUAAGAUAUAGGACUUGCUUGUGAAAAUUAAAGCCUAUAGUUAUUGUGUUCUUGAUCUUCAAACCUCUGUAAUACUAGCUAGUUCAAGAAUAUUACAGUUUUGUCUAUUUUUAUAUAUUGAUCUCUGUAUAGUGUGUACAGUAAAUCGCAAAGGUAAUGUGCAACCAUUCAUUGUAUUAGUUUGAAUAUAAACCCCCACAUGUCCGUCAAGUCAAAUACCAGCACCAACUCAAAUAUAAAUAACUGCUAAAUAUAUGCAAAUGUACUGCUAUUUUCAUUCAGAGUUUGGAGGUAAUAUUUUGAGCUGCCUGGAGCAAAAAGCAAAGA